AUGGCUGGCGAUCUCGUUCUCCUUACCGGUGCCACUGGCAUGAUCGGUUUCAAGACUCUCAUCGAACUCGUCAAGGCUGGCUACACGGUCCGCGCAGCUGUCCGAAAUCAAGCCGGCUUCGAGCGCAUCUCAAGCCUCAAGCCGCUUGCCCCCUAUCUCUCACAGGUCGACAGCGUCAUUGUUCCCGACAUCACUGUCCCCGGUGCCUAUGACGAGGCCGUCAAGGGCGUCAAAUAUGUCGUCCACGUUGCUUCGCCCCUAGCCUCCACGACGGCUGAUACCGAAGAGGCAUUCCAGACUGAAACCAUCCAGCCCGCCAUCCAGGGCACGGUUGGCAUUCUGGAGUCGGCAAACAAGGCGUCUGGCAUUGAAAAAAUUGUCAUCACCGCGUCUGUCCUGUCCAUUGCCUCGUUCCAGGCCUUGGCCACGGGAACCAAGAUCAACGAGAAAACCCGUGCCACCAGCACCGAGGGCCCCUUUGCGUCCAGCAUCUUCGCCUACGCAGCCUCCAAGGCCCUCGCCUACCAGGCAACGGAAAAGCUCAUCGCCGAGAAGAAGCCGGCCUUCUCCGUCGUCAACAUCAUGCCCGUCUUCGUCAUCGGCCGCGACGACACCGUCACCGACCCCGCCAACAUCGCCAAGGGCACCAAUGGCCUCCUCAUGGGCCCUCUCCUGGGCCAGCCCCGCGACCAGCCUCUCCUCGGCAUCGCCGUCCACGUCGACGAUGUUGCAAAAAUGCACGUCCUUGCUUUGGCGCCCCAUGUCAAGGGCAAUGAGGACUACCUCGCCUGUGCUCACCCUAACGAGCCCAUUGACUGGGCAGAGUCUUUUGAGAUUGUGAAGAGGCGCUUCCCCGAGGCUUAUGCUGAUGGCGUCUUCAAGUUUGAGUCUGUUCCCCGGCCCGUCUCGGUUCCGGUGCAUGUUGACUCAACAAAGGCUGAGAAGGAGCUUGGCUUCAAGUUCAAGUCGUUUGAAGAGCUGACUGUCUCGGUUGUUGAGCACUAUCUUGAGCUUAUUGGUCGCAAGUAAGCUUCCAUCAUCUACA